AUUACAAGGCGUUUACAAGAAGGUUGCCUCUUGAUAACUGCGUUUUUGGUGACUAUCGCAACACAUUCAAGUCAAAAGUUGUUGAAGCUUGUUCUGUUAUCCGCAACUUGGUUCUUAGAGCCAAGCUCUUCGUGAAUUAUUACGUCUUGAAAAAUGCCACUCUUGCUGAGCCAAAGUGUAUUAAAUGUAUCUUUACACAAAAUUUCUGGUACUCUAUGAUACAACUGGUGAAUGGACAAAGACCAACAAAUAGUAGGAUGAUUGUCUUCCCUGUCAAGCUCUUUCCUGGACUUAGUCAAGCCAUUACAGAAGCAUGCACCGAAAUUGCUACUUCCUAUACGAACAGUAUAGUGGAAAAUUUUGAGGAGAAACUUCUCUAUUUUUUGAUAUAUAAAAUACAAACAGCAUUUGUGUGUAUGCCUUGGAAGCUUGUCAAAAAGGUCACAAGUGAUUUCUGCUAUCAAGAUAUAUGCCAAGGAAAACCUAAAUGGCCAACUGAUGACUACCUUACCGAAGAUAUAAAAGCAAAGAUCCAAACCUUCUGUGAACCUUGGAAGAAGAAGCUGGGGAAGAAAGUGAACAUGAAGACAUUAUCCGCUGAUCCUGGGUCUUUCGUACCCUUUUUGUUAUCUUUGAACGCAGAAUUUGAGAGGGAACACGAUGAUCAUAAACCAUUUGACGUACGACGACGUCCUCUUCCAAAAUUGCUAUCCUUACUGCCAAAGGUUUCCGUUCAAUGGAGGUUCAUUACCUUGAGCGUGAACGCGCUGUCUUCUUUUUAUCUCUGAACUAACACCGAAU